CUUCAUAUUUUUCAGAAUUUCUUCUUUGUUUGACACGAGAAAGCAUCUUUGAAAGCUGUUUUGCGGCAGUAAUCCUGAAGAAAAGCAAAAGCCACCAUUGUACGCUGCUAUCUGAGCCAACAAUCUUCUCUCACUUGAUAUUUAACUCUCAAGGUUUUUCCACCAUCAAACAAGAAGACACGACAUACAAAACACAUCUUAGAAAUAUAUUUGGUUGACCAAUCUCUCCUUACUUCAUUUCUAACUCCAAUUAAACUUUCUUAGCUGGCCUAGAGUCAAUACACACACAGAUAUAUAUAUAUAUGUAUAUAUAUAUAUAUAACAUUUUAUAAUAUUCUCCAGUAUUGAUAUAGACGUUCAUUGAUCACCUCUGACCGACUGAAAUAUUGCUUGUUACUCAGAUAUAUAAAUAUCUGUAUAUAUAAAAUUCUUUCUUGAAAAUUCAUGUUUGCCAACUGAAGGAUAAAAAAAUUGUGCAAAAAUGUCUCGAAGCAGCAAUUUGAAACGACGAAAGAAAUCUAGGGCCGCGAAUGUUGAACGGAAGAAAAGCGUGGAUAAUAAUAAUGGCCCGAAUGAAGAAAAUGGAGAAGCAGGAGAUAACGACAUGAAACAAGAAGCUACAGAUCAACAACAACAACAACACCAACAAGAGCAUCAAGAAGAACUACAGAUGGAAGAAGAAAAUGAGAAAUUGGUUGACCAAAUGUCUUCUUCGUGCCAGGAAGAAGGAUGUGAAAUGAACUCGGAAUUCGUUAGUGAUAAUAAUGAAAAGAAACUGAUUAAUGAUUAUGCUGAAAAUAGCAGUAACGAUGAUAUUAAUAAUAAUACUAAUUAUAAUAAUUUCAAUGAUGAUAAUAAUAAUGUUGUUAGUGAAGACAGCGAGGGUAUGGAGGUGGCCGAUGAAGAGGAAGAGGCUGCCCGACUUGAAGAGAAGAGCAAGGAAGAAGAGCAGCAGAGGUUGAAACGGAUCAAAGAAGAAGAGGAAUACUGCCAGCAACUGGAACAGGAAGGAGAGGAAGGCACCGCUGUCAUCCGUGUUCAGACAAUGGAAAAUUCUCAUCGGUGCCAGAUUUGCAAUGAGGAAUUUGCUGGUUUUCUUGAUCUCGAGAAGCAUAAACUGACCCAUCGGCAAAUGAAGUCGUUUGACUGCAAGAUCUGCAGCAAGACCUUCACUCGCCGCAACCACCUGAAGCAACACAAGAGGACACACAAGAGGCCGAAUAAACUGCUGAAACCAUUGUUCCGCUGUAACGUUUGUGGGCUGGGAUUCUCUCAGAAGAUAAACCUGAUUGAUCACGAAAAGAAUCAUGAAACUGAGAUUGCUCCGCAGGAAGAGUAUACCCCUCCACCACCCCUGACCCCACCCCAGUGCCAACCCCAGCCCCUACCCCAGGCCCUACCACAGCCCCUACCCCAGUGCCAACCACAGCCACAGCCUCUGGCCCAACACUUACCGCAGCCCCAACACUUACCGCAGCCCCAACACUUACCGCAGCCCCAACACUUACCGCAGCCCCAACCCUUAUCGCAGCCCCAACCGGUGGUCUGCGAUUCAGACCGACCCUACAAAUGCAAUUACUGUGAACGUACUUUCUCUAGGAAUGGUGACUUGAUGCGACAUAUGAGGUUCCAUGAAGAAGACACGAGGCAACAGCAGCCACAAUACUUGAACCCUCAUCUCCUGUGUCAAGAUGAGAAGCCAUUUAAGUGUAACAUCUGUGAACGUGUGUUUUCAAGGAACGGUGAUCUGACGCGCCAUUUUCGAGUUCACGAAGAGCCGUCAUAUCAGCCAUCUCAAGUUGCCAACUGCCUGAACGGAGAGGUAUUUAAAUGCAAUAUCUGCCAGUCUACAUUUUCAACCAACGGUAACCUCACCAGACAUAUGAAGAUCCACGAAGAAGUGGUGAUCCAGAACAGCCCCAACCAUUGCUACCAAAAAGAAGGGAUGUUUUUCUGCAAUGUAUGUGGCAUUGAAUUCACCCGCAAUGGGGAUCUCACCAGACAUUUCAAAACCCACGAGGAACCGUUGCUCCAGAACUGCAACCAAAUCAAUAACAACUGUAAUAAUAAUGACCCCUUUAAAUGUAACAUCUGCGGACUUGCAUUUUCCCAAAACAAUGACCUUACCAGGCAUAUGAAGGGCCAUACUGAAUCCUGCAUGCCCCACAAUGUAUACGGCUGUAACGGUGGUUGUACAGAAGAACCCCCGAUGGCAUUCUCUUGCCGCCUCUGCCGACGUGUGUUCUCCACGUUUAUAGAUAUGACAGAACAUAUGAAGAUGCAUAUGGAAGCCUCUCACGCUCCACUUGCAAUGAAACCGUGUUUUGAUAGUCAAAGCCAUGGCAGCCCUAAGGGUUGUAUGGAUGAACAACAUUGCAGUAUUCCACGACCUUGUCUCAAAGACGAACCUCAGAACGGCAUGAGAUCCUAUCUCGAAGACCAACCCAUCAUUUGUCCAAUAUGCAAACGAUUGUUCUCACGACCUGGAGAUCUAACAAGACAUAUGAGGACGCAUGGUGAAACCGUUCUGCAGGAACACGAAAAUUUAGCUUUUUACCAAGAGGAGAAACCAUUUAAAUGCAAUAUUUGUGCACGCACUUUCUCAAGGAACGGUGAUUUGACCAGGCAUUUUCGUAGUCAUGAAGACACCUAUCUGCAAAAUAGCGUCAGCCCAAUUGUUCCAUACGAACCUGAAGAAUCACAUCGCUGCACCACUUGUUGUUCAGUUUUCUCUACAAACGGCAAUCUGACGAGACACAUGAAAACCCACGACGAAUUUAUAGCCCAGCAAAAUCUGAACAAUUCUCCAUUACAAAGAAAUAACAAUUCAUUCCGAUGUACAAUAUGUCAGAACUAUUUCUCUACAAACGGUAAUUUAACUCGGCACAUGAAAACACACCGGGAAUAUUUUAGUCAGAACACUCCACCAAUGUCCAUGUGUCCAAAUGAAGACACUUCCAUGUGUCAGAACAUUUGUCCACUGGAUGCAGACUUCCAAGAUGGAGAGAACUUAAAUUUUGAUUGUGAAGAAUGCAUGAAGGCCUACAAUGAGAAACACAAUCAGAACCACAGCCCAUCUCUGCAGACUUUCACGUGUGUUAUUUGCGAGAAAGUGUUUACAAAUUGUGAGAUGUUUGAGAGGCACGUGCGAAGCCAUAACCAAGACAAACCUUUCAUCUGUGAAAUCUGUGGAAAGGGGUUUGUACAGAAAUACCAUCUGACUGUUCAUAAAAGGACUCACACUGGAGAAAGACCCUUUAAAUGUAAUUUAUGUGGGUUCGCUUUCUCUCGCAAGGACCAUUUGGUAAGGCACCAGAGGGACAAUAAGGUUGGAAUGUAUAUCUCAGAAGCAGGUGAGACACGAUAUUCCUGCAUCCCAGGUGGUGCUUUACCAAGAUAGUGCAGAUAAAUCAACUUAGUGUUCGGCAUGGAAUGUUUGUUGUUUUGUCUGUCUGUGCCUGCGAAUGUGGGGACUUUUUUUGCCUGUUCCAUUUGUCUACUUGAGUAGCAAAAAAACCUUCAACACAGCACAGAUAACAGUAGGCUAGGCACAUACACACUCAUAUAUACACAUACUUACACAGGUCUUAAUAUAAUGCCAUAUAUUUUAUCUUGAUAAUUAUGUAAAAAAAAAAAAAAGAAAGCAAAAAGUUUUGCCAAAGAGAAAUUUC